AUGAGUUUGUCUUUGAGGGCGGAAGCUCCGCCGAGGAAAAGAUGUGUGACUUAUGAUUUCCGAGAGGAACCUCUCUCGGAGGUAGGAAAUCCGCAUUGGGUUGUAGCCCAGGGGAUUCCCCCUGGGUUGGCGGACUUGAUUCUGCAAGCAGAUGUAGCCCGCGUUGUGGGAGUGUGUAGAAACAGGAACCUUGUGUUAGGGGAGAUCGGAGUGGACUAUUCCGGUCCAUCCACUCAGAGGUGCCAGAGGUUUGUGCUGGCGGAGUUCUUCCGCCAGGCGUCGUUCAGUACAGGGACGAUACUGGUUUUGAGGGGGACCGCGUACGACCCUUUGGGCCGCGUCCCUACCAAAGAUUGCCUUGUACUGUUGGACGGGAUGUUCGUUUCCAUCCUGGUACCUAUCUUUGUCCGUGACUUCAGGUGGAACGGAGCAGGUGAGACUCUGGGUGGGGUCGGUCGACCCGUAUUUUUUGGAGUUGGAGGUCGGAUCGCGGAGAUGUCCGCGAUUCAGUUGUCGGGAGUUAGAGCUAUUCCUAUGGACCGACUGCUGGUCGAGUCGGAUAGUCCCGAGUUUCCUUGUGGUGUUGAAGCGCCGAUGGGCCCCAGGCACAUCGGAGAAAUGUACCGGAGAGUCGCCGCAGCUAGGGGACAGGAUGUCGCCUUGCUGACGGGCCUAGUUUUCAGAAAUUUUAGGGUGUUCUUUGGACCUUAG